AUGGCGACUCCCUCUAAACUGCCCACAUAUGCGGACCAGCAGGCCUGGAAGGAUAUUCAGGAAUUUCUGCCUGCGCGCCUGCGCUUCACACCCGAGCACUCACCCGUCGAGGAGUUUUGGUCUCACCGCGGCCAUGAUAUUCACCUGGACCGGUGGCGCAACCCGUCGGCCAAGGUGCGCGUGGUGCUGCACCACGGCGUGGGCACCAACGGCCGGCAAAUGUCCAUGAUUCUGGGCGUGCCGCUGCACGCAGCCGGCUACGAGCUGGUGGCGGUGGACAUGCCCGGGUACGGCUGCACGCGCGUGUCGGCGCGGAGCAAGCCGUGCCCGUACGACGAGUGGGUGCAGAUUGCGAGCGACUUUGUCGACGAGGAGCUCGCGCGCGACCCGCGGCCGGUCGUGCUGUACGGCCUCUCGGCGGGCGGCAUGCUGACGUAUCACGCGGCGGCGCGCAACAACAAGGUGGCGGGCAUCGUCGGCAUGACGUUUCUCGAUCAGCGCAUCCAGCAAGUCGCCGACGAGACGGCGCUCAACGUCGUCAUGGCGCGGGCCGGCCUGCCGCUCGCGAGACUCGCCAACGCGGCGGGCCUGGCGUCGCUCAGGAUGCCCAUGGCGUGGGCGAGCAAGAUGCACACGCUGGUCAAUGAUUCCCGCGCGCUCAGGGUGUUUCUCAAGGACAAGACGUCAGCUGGGUCGGCGGCGUCGAUGCGGUUCCUGACCACCUACGCGCGCUACACGCCGGCGCUCGAGUAUGAGGACUUUGACGUGUGUCCGAUUCUGCUGACCCAGCCGGCAGAGGACAGGUGGACGCCGCUGCACCUCAGCAAGCUGGUCCUCGACAGGGUCGGCAAAGUGCCCGUCAAGAUUGUCGAGCUGGAGGGCGCGGGGCACUACCCGCUGGAGGAUAAGGGUCUACAGCAGCUGGCGGACGCUAUUUUGGAAUUUCUGGGCUCCUUGGCUUAA